AUGUUGGUAGAUGAGGCCAUGGCACGUCUACAUGCUAGGGAGGAUGGGGAUGCUGAGGCACGAUGUUAUUUAAUGUGUUUGAUAGGGUCCACGCUUUUUGUGGACAAGAGUUCUGAUCGUGUUCGUGGAUGGUUGUACUCUUACUUCAGAGAUUUGAAGAUGGUUAGUAAGUAUGCAUGGGGUGCUGUUGCGCUUGCCUGGAUGUAUAGGCAGCUUGGGAGAUCUAGUCGAGCAGGAUCUAAAGGAUUUUCUGGGUGCUUGACCUUGUUACAGGCUUGGAUCUAUGAGUAUUUUCCAUCGCUACGCAUUAACAGAGCUGCACCACAGACCGUGACAUAG